UUUUCCGUGUUGCAUUCACUAAUGAAUGCUCACAGUUUGGAUUUGGCAUAAGGCAUUUCCAAUCCAGUCCCCCGGCAGACGAGCAAACAAAUGGAAUCCAAAUAAGAGAUACCAAACAAGGACACGCCGCAUUAGCCAGGACAAACACACACACACAAAAGACAACCAGAGCAACGGCAACCAUGGAUAAUAGCGAUGACCAGCUUCUGGACAACACUUGGAGCAACUGGAGCACUUAUGCCCCAGCCAUGCUCUUCAACGCGAUGCACAGCGUUUUGGCGGUGGCCAAUCAAACUCCACUCGCCGAUUUUAAGCAGCCCAGUUUGGCCUACAAUCUGAGCACGGUUUUACCCACGGGCAUCACAGGCUUCACUGCCACUGACGUGGGUGGCGGUCUUGGACUCGAUGGUGAGGAGGAGGAUGCGGCAGCGCCAGUUCCGUCGUUUGCCUUCGUCGUGCCCUGGUGGCGCCAGGUGCUUUGGAGUAUUCUCUUUGGUGGCAUGGUGAUAGUGGCAACUGGCGGCAAUUUGAUUGUCGUAUGGAUUGUGUUGACCACCAAGCGAAUGCGAACGGUUACCAACUAUUUUAUAGUGAAUUUAUCCAUAGCCGAUGCGAUGGUAUCCAGUCUGAAUGUUACCUUCAACUACUACUAUAUGCUGGACAACGAUUGGAUAUUUGGCGAGAUCUACUGCAAGGUUUCGCAGUUCAUUGCCAUGCUGAGCAUCUGUGCCUCGGUCUUCACACUAAUGGCCAUUUCUAUCGACAGGUACGUUGCAAUUAUGAAGCCGUUGCAACCGCGAAUGAGCAAGCGACGCAAUUUGGCCAUCGCUGCGGUCAUCUGGCUGUCCUCCACACUCAUCUCGUGCCCGAUGCUGCUGUUCUUCAAAACCGAGGAGGUGCCGGUGACCAUCGAGAACAAAACACGCAUCGUCUGCUUCCCGGAGUGGCCCGAUGGCCCAACGAAUCACUCCAAGCAGGAGCAUCUAUACAACAUUCUGAUCCUGGUGCUCACCUACUUGCUGCCCAUUGUCUCGAUGACAGUCACCUAUUCGCGUGUGGGCAUUGAACUCUGGGGCUCCAAGACCAUUGGCGAGUAUACGCCCCGCCAGGUGGAGAAUGUGCGGAGCAAGCGAAGGGUGGUCAAGAUGAUGAUUGUGGUAGUUCUAAUAUUUGGCUUUUGUUGGCUACCAUUCCACACGUACUUUAUCGUAACCUCAUGCUAUCCGGCUAUUACCGAGGCGCCCUUCAUUCAGGAGUUAUAUUUAGUUAUCUACUGGCUGGCCAUGAGCAACUCAAUGUAUAAUCCGAUUAUAUACUGCUGGAUGAAUUCACGAUUCCGUUAUGGUUUCAAGAUGGUAUUUCGCUGGUGUCCCUUUGUGAAUGUGGGCGCGGAGUCGCUUAACCGGCGGGAUAAUCUAACAUCACGCUACUCCUGCUCCGGCUCCCCGGACCACAAUCGUAUCAAACGGAAUGACACACAGAAAUCAAUACUCUACGCCUGCCCCAGUUCGCCGAAAUCCCGUCGAGUUUCACACUGUGGUGUGCUGCGCAAUUCGGUGCCGCGGGCAACGGAGAAGAUGGAGCCACACCAGAAUCGUCUGUCGAUGCCAGCCCAGCAUCAGCAGCUGGGCAGCAAGAAUAGCGGACCAGGCUGCCUGCGUGGCGGCAGUCGAUCGCCCUACCAACAGGAGAUGCGGGAGCGCUGGACCAGUGACAAGUCAAACAGUUCCCUCAACUUGGCACCAGAGAAUCGCACCACACAGCUGCUGUCCUGACAGCCGUCGACACCAUCGGCACCACCACCAGAGCAUGGGAUGGAGUUGCAGAUGCAGAUUGUGUGCAGCUCCAAUGCCACCUACAACAACAACUAUCGGCGCAUCAACAACAUCGGGCUGGCCACGUGUCCUCCACCAACGGCAGCCGAUGACAAGACUUGGCUGUAGGUUUUGUCUUCUCAUCAAGUCUCGAAUUUAUCUUUAGUAAAUUACAAAACUACAUUAUUGCUGCGGGGCAAUAUGAUAUCCAUUAAUUCAUGUUAGUGUUAUUCAAAAAUUAUAGAUAGACCCACAACUGGACCAACAAUCCAGCCACAAUUUAAAUAUUGCUAUGAGCUACUAAAUUAAUUAGGUCUCAGAUACACUCGGAAAAAAUUCUACUUUAAAAUGUUGAAAAUUGCCAAAAGUCAGCUCUUUUUUCGCACGAAUAUAUAUGUAUAUAUACAUAAGGAUAGAAAGUGAUUCCAUUCAAAGCUUUUCUGUUUUAAAAAAUGUCUAAUCUUGAUACAUAUUUAUAAU